AUGGCCUAUCCUCUCUCUACAAAUUCUCGUUGGAUCAUCGACGAUAAAGGGCAAAGAGUGAAGCUGGCGUGUGUGAAUUGGCCAUCACAUUUGCAGCCUGUAGUAGCGGAAGGGCUCAGCAAGCAGCGGGUCGAUGACUUGGCCAAGAAGAUAGUGGCAAUGGGUUUCAAUUGCGUUAGGUUAACUUGGCCACUUGAUUUGGCUACAAAUGAGACAUUAGCUAAUAAUGUUACUGUGAGACAAUCUUUUCAAAGUCUUGGUCUUCAUGAUGACAUUUCUGGUUUCCAAACCAAGAACCCAUCUAUGAUUGAUCUUCCCCUCAUUGAAGCUUACAAGAAUGUGGUAGCUAAGUUGGGAAACCAAAAUGUGAUGGUGAUAUUAGACAACCACGUGACCAAGCCAGGAUGGUGUUGUGGCUACAACGAUGGCAACGGGUUCUUUGGCGACACUUUCUUUGACCCUGCCUCAUGGAUCGCCGGUUUGACCAAGAUAGCCACAAUUUUUAAUGGUGUUUCCAAUGUCGUUGGCAUGAGCCUCAGAAACGAACUUAGAGGACCUAAACAAAACGUCGACGACUGGUUCAAGUACAUGCAACAGGGGGCCGAAGCAGUUCACGAAGCAAACCAUAAUGUACUUGUAAUCCUUUCUGGCCUCAGUUUCGACACCGACCUCUCAUUUGUCCGAUCACGACCAGUGAACCUAACUUUCACUGGAAAACUCGUAUUCGAGAUCCAUCGAUACUCUUUCACGAACACAAACACAUGGAGUUCCAAAAACCCUAACGACGCAUGUGGCGAGAUUCUUAAAAGCAUCGACGACGGAGGCGGUUUCAACCUCCGGAACUUCCCGGUGUUCCUUAGUGAGUUUGGAAUCGAUUUGAGAGGCGAAAACGUUAACGAUAAUCGUUAUAUCGGAUGUUUAUUAGGUUGGAUGGCGGAAAAGGAUGUAGAUUGGUCGAUUUGGACACUUCAAGGAAGUUAUUAUCUAAGAGAAGGUGUGGUCGGAAUGAGCGAGUAUUAUGGUGUGUUGGAUUCAGAUUGGGUUCGUGUUCGAAGCAGAAGCUUCAUGCAAAGAUUGUCUCUGAUUCAGUCCCCGCUUCAAGGACCGGACCCUCAACCCAAAGUCUACAAUCUUGUUUUUCACCCGUUAACCGGACUUUGCAUGCUACAAAAUGUCUUAGAUCCAACGAAAGUCAUUCUCGGUCUGUGUAAUGAAUCUCAACCAUGGAGCUACACGCCUGACAACACCCUGACACUCAAAGACAAAUCUCUAUGCUUAGAGAACACCGGACCAAAUGUGCCGGUUAAGCUCAGUGAGUCGAGUUGUUCGAGCCCUAGUUUGUCGAAAUGGCAGACCAUAUCAGCUUCUAAUAUGCUCUUAGCUGCGAAGUCAACCAAUAACUCCCUUUGUCUUGACGUGGAUGAAGACAAUAACAUCAUGGCUAGUAACUGUAAGUGUGUCAAUGGCGAAGUAGCUCGUGUGAUCCGAUGA